UCUCAGUCUCAGGUCUGCUCCGGUCCCAGUAAGGAGAAUCAGUGCUCCCUGUUUGUCUCUUUCUCUCUCUCUCUCUGCAUCCUGCGCUCCAGGGGUACAGACAGACAGAUCACCCCUCUGCUCUCUACUGAAUCACUACAGUCUGGGGGAAACUCUAAUCCUUUCAUUUCCUGUGAACAUUUUGGUCAUCCGGCCGUCUGUCCUUCUGUUUACUCCUGUCCUUCUCCUCCUCCUUUCCUCUCCCCCUCUUCUUCUAUCUGUGUCCACGACGAGAGGAGUUGUCUGGGGAUUUUCUCAUUCUCCCUCCUGAUCUGUUUCCCAGAGGAGCUCGGCACUUCUCUUCUGUUCUUCUCCCUUUGUUUCUGCCUCCAUCCUUCAUCGCCAUGGAUAUGGGCAGCCUGACAACAGUGGUGGCCAACUCGGCCUACAUCUCGGCGCGCGGGAGCUUCGACGGCACGGCCAACCCGUCUGCCAACCGAGACAAGAAGUACCACGCCCGCCUGAAGCUGCCUCACAUCACGGUGUGCGAGGGCCUCAGGGAGACUCUGGACCUGGGCUUCCAGACCGCCUGCGUGGAGCAGCCCAUCGGCAAGCGUCUGUUCCAGGAGUUCCUGGAGGCCAACAACGAAUACAAAGGCCCCUGCCGCCUGUGGAAGGACGUGGAGGAGUACAACCAGGCCGAGGACCAGGACCGCGUUAAGAAGGCCUCCAAGAUGCUCUCUCGCUACAUGGAUCCAAGUGCCAAACACUUCUGCCCUUUCCUGCCGGAGAACGACAUCACCAAGGUGAAGGAGAAGCACGCGGAGGCCGGAGACGAUCUGUUCGUGGAGACUCUGACCAGCGUACUGGACUUCCUCAAGGAGGUCCCUUAUACGUUCUACCUGGACAGCAUGCACCUGAAGAGGUUCCUCCAAUGGAAGUGGCUGGAGAUGCAGCCCACGGGAGAGGACUGGUUCAUGGACUUCCGUGUCCUUGGGAAGGGGGGCUUCGGGGAGGUACACGCCACCUCCAUGAAGGCCACGGGGAAACUGUACGCCUGCAAGAAGCUCAACAAGAAGAGGCUGAAGAAGAGGAAAGGAUAUGAGGGUGCGAUGGUGGAGAAGAGAAUUCUGGCACGUGUCCACAGCAGGUUCAUCGUGUCACUGGCCUACGCCUUCCAGACCAAGACUGAGCUCUGUCUGGUCAUGACCAUCAUGAAUGGAGGAGACUUGAGGUAUCAUAUCUACAAUGUGGAUGAGAACAACCCAGGGUUUGAUGAGCAGAGGGCCUGUUUCUACACAGCUCAGAUCAUCCAGGGUAUGGAGCACCUGCACCAGAAGAGAAUCAUCUACAGAGACCUCAAACCUGAGAACGUGUUGUUGGAUAAUGAAGGUAAUGUGCGUAUCUCUGACCUUGGUCUGGCCGUGGAGCUGGAGGACAACCAGACCAAUAUCAAAGGCUACGCUGGGACUCCAGGGUUCAUGGCCCCAGAGCUGCUGAAAGGGGAGGAGUAUGACUGGUCAGUGGACUACUUCACCCUUGGGGUCACACUGUAUGAGUUCAUCGCUGCCAAGGGACCUUUCAGAACCCGAGGAGAGAAGGUGGAGAACAAAGUAGUGAAGAAGAGGAUUCUGAACGACCCCGUGGCCUAUCCGGAGAAGUUCAGUGAGAAAGCCAAGUCCAUCUGCGAGGCGCUGCUGUGCAAGACGGUGGACCAGAGGCUGGGCUUCAAGAACGGGUCCUGCGACGAGCUCCGAGCGCACCCCUUCUUCAGCGAACUCAACUGGAUGAAACUGAACGAAGGGAUCCUGGUGCCUCCGUUUGUUCCCGACUCCAAGACGGUCUACGCCAAGGAUCUGGACGCCGUCGGAGCUUUCUCAACAGUGAAGGGAGUCACCCUGGACGACCCCGACAAGGAGUUCUUUGACGAGUUCGCCUCGGGGAACAUCCCCAUUCCCUGGCAGGAGGAGAUGAUCGAGACGGGGAUCUACGGGGAGCUGAACCUCUGGGGGGUCGGGGGGGCGCUGCCCAACGACCUGCGCAGGGAGAGCAUCCUGGAACAGCCCCCGAAGUCCUCCACCUGCUGCCUGUCAUAGAUCAGAGGUCAAGGGGUAGGGAACAUGGGACUCUUUGGUCGCGUUCCCCCAGACGUUGCAUGCAUCAACCAAUGGUUGCGUGCCACAUCAUCGACCGUGUCAUUGACUGACAGAUAGCUAUAACAUAUAAUGUGGUUAGCUGACACUGUAAGCAAAAAACCAAUCCAGGCGUUGUCAGAUCUGGCAGGCAUAUCAGCAACGCCUGGGCACGGGAACGCCCCCUUUAUGAAUAUCAUUACUAGGAAGGAUAUCAUUGGCCGGCCGAGUGGAGGAAGUAGUCUCGGGCCAAUGGCAGAGACGUGGUCACGAAGGAGGCGGGUGGAUUUAAUGGGAUGGGUUGUAAAACGAUGGAAUGUUUAUUAUAUGUUAUGUAUUAUUAUGUUUAUCAAAAUGAACAAGUUAAAAGACGUUUUAGAUAUCUACACCUGUUUCUUCAUUCUUUUCUUGCUACUACGGCAACUGGUGAAAUGCACCAUUUAUUGUACUUCACCAAAGAGACAGAAUAGUGUUUUAACAGCCGGCCACUAUGCCGAGAAAACUAAAUACAGUCACUGUAAGGUUUUAUUUAUUAUAACAGAACUAUAACGGCUCUGUUUCUGUUGUACUUGUCUGGCUUUUGCUGUUUUUGGAAUGUGAUGUCAUCAAUGCAGUGUGUGUGUGUGUGUGUGUGUGUGUGUGUGUGUGUGUGUGUGUGUGUGUGUGUGUGUGUGUGUGUGUGUGUGUGCGUGUGCGUGUGCGUGUGCGUGUGCGCGUGCGUGCGCGUGCGUGCGUGCGUGCGUGCGUGCGUGCGUGCGUGUGGUGUGUGUGUGUGUGUGCGUGUGCGUGUGCGUGUGUGUGUGUGUGUGUGUAUAUAUAUAUAUAUAAAUGUAAAUAUAUGUAUUUAGAUAGAUAGGGGAGAACUCAUCAACUGGUUUUAUCUGAUUGUCAUGUGCAGUGACAGUAGCUCUCUGUCCCCUCUCUUCACACUCCAUCACAAGUCUCUCAGAUAUACAUCAGUUUAAUGACAGAUAUAAAUCCAACUAGCAUCCAAUAUUUUAUGUCUCUGUUCUACUGUAUAUUCUUAUGCUCCACAAGGUCUUUUCAAAUUACGGUCAGAGGCCUGUGGGUCCUGGUCAAAAGUAGUGCACUAUAUAGGGAAUAGGGUGCCAUGGGCCCUGGUCAAAAGUAGUGCACUAUAUAGGGAAUAGGGUGCCUUGGGCCCUGAUCAAAAGUAGUGCACUAUAUAGGGAAUAGGGUGCCACUUGGGAUGCAUAAUCCAAUAUGGAGUUACAGCAAUGUUGGUUUCUUGAUAAUAAAUACUGAUAUGACAUCAUAAACCCUGUAAGGAGUCACUUAUAAUCACUCAAUACAAAUUCUAAGUUGUACAUGUCACUUUUCAUAUCAGUAGAUAUGUGUGACAUAUCAGUAUAGAUAUGUGUGAAUUAUCAGUAUUUUUAUGUGUGACAUAUCAGUAUAGAUAUGAGUGACAUAUCAGUAUUUAUGUGUGGCAUAUCAGUAUAGAUAUGCGUGACAUAUCAGUAUAGAUAUGCGUGACAUAUCAGUAUUUAUGUGUGGCAUAUCAGUAUAGAUAUGCGUGACAUAUCAGUAUAGAUAUGCGUGACAUAUCAGUAUAGAUAUGCGAGACAUAUCUGUAUAGAUAUGCCUGACAUAUCAGUAUAGAUAUGCCUGACAUAUCAGUAUAGAUAUGCCUGACAUAUCAGUAUAGAUAUGCCUGACAUAUCAGUAUAGAUAUGCCUGACAUAUCAGUAUAGAUAUGUGUGAAGAAAACCGUAAGUAUGACAUAUUUUCAAAUGUUCUUGUUGCACCACGGGGAAUGAGUUGGUUAGGUGGGGUCUGCAGGGGGUGAUUUCUUUUCUUGCUUUUUCUAUAUUGUACAAUAUAUUAUAUUUAUUAUUAUCUUUAUUGUAUAAUAUACUAUAUUGUUUAGGUUGCUUUCCCGAGUGCUAGCACUCUGAUUCCCACACAGGAACCUCUUGUUAAACAGGGUUUUAUGAAUUCCUGUGCAUUUGUUUAAAUACAAAAUGAUCUGUCUAUAUAGAACUUGAGAAACUGUAAAUAACUGUUUAAUUAUACCAUAGAAAUCAUCAUGCUUAUUCAUUAAAAUAAACAUUUCGACAGAAAAUAAAU